AUGGCCUUUGGUGGCACCAUCGGCGCUGGUCUUCUGAUAGGCAGCUAUACUGCACUGAGGGACGCCGGCCCCGGCUCAGUUGUCAUAGGAUUCGCCAUUGCUGGUGUUUGUAUCACAGCAAUGAUGGGAUCCCUUGGUGAAUUGACAUCCGCGUAUCCAACUACAGGCUCAUUCUACGACUAUUCGAUGCGGUUCAUCUCGAGAUCAUGGGGAUUUGCCAUGGGAUGGAACUAUAUUCUCAACUACAUCCUCACAGUACCCCUGGAGCUUACCGUCAUGAACAUUGUUAUUGGUUAUUGGAAACCCCUCAAUCCUGCCAUCCUGAUUCCCGUUUUCAUCCUUGUGCUCUUCACUCUCUCGUUCAAAGGCGCAAAAUGGUACGGCGAAGCAGAGCAUGCUUUUGGCAUCAUCAAGCUUCUUAUGCUCAUCACUUUCGCCAUAACGGCAAUCGUCAUCGCCGCCGGAGGAGUCGCCACGGAUCCUCGCCAUGGCACACAAUUCAGAUACUGGACGGACGGACAAGCAUUCAAGAAUGGCGUACCAGGAUUUCUUUACGUCUUUGUCACCGCUGGUCUGGCAUACGGUGGCACGGAAAUCCUAGGUCUCGCAGCGGCUGAAGCCAAGCACCCCGAGAGAACUAUGUCGCUGGCUCAGAGGAUAGUGGCCAUCCGUGUUGUGAUAUGCUACCUCAUCCCGCUUUUUACAGCAGGAUUGAUCGUCGGGCCAGGUACCUACCUGCAGUUCCCGACAAAACUCUCUCCAUUCGUCAUAUCGCUUAGACAGGCGGAAAUACCCGUUCUCCCGCAUCUUUUCAACGCCAUUAUCCUCGUAGCGGUGUUCAGCAUGGCCAAUUCGUGUAUCUUUGCAGCAUCGCGAGCUUUGAGAGCUAUCUGUGCCAGAGGCAUGGGUCCAAAGAUCAUUGCCCGGACUCGCAAGGGCACACCGGUGAACGCCCUGAUAGUCGUCUUCAUUGUGAGCUUGCUCGCAUUUAUCAACUGCGCACCUGACGGUGAUAUUAUCUUCGAGUGGCUGCUGGCCUUGGCUUCUGCGAGUAACUUCUUCACCUGGUUAAGCAUCAACGUUGCCCAGAUCCGGCUCCGCAUGGCCAUCAAGAAGCAGGGCCUAGACCCCAAGGAUGUUCUCCAGUGGGUUUCGCCGAUGGGUAUAGCUGGGAGCGUCGUAUCAAUCAUCAUAUGCCUU